GAGUAUCACUGUGUACAAGGGAGAUCACUAAAGUAGUGAUGUAAACGCUCUUAUAUUUGUUUACGGAGAGAAGAGAGUACUUUAUUAGCAGCUAAUAAUAAUACUAUGGAAGUGACGGUGCUCACUGUUCACUCACAGCUGACCAGAGAUUAAAACACGUACGUAAAAGUUAUCAGCGGCACGGGACCAGCUCGGCUCAGCUCACUCCCUUGUCCGCAUCUAGCCGCGCUCCACACCGCAGAGCAUCUCUCUCUUUUCCUUCCCUCCCUUGAAUCCGCCACCCACGACCACGAGCGCAGUCACAGAGUCCAACUGCAACCCAGCGAGAGGGAGAUGGCGAGCAAGGCGGUCACCAUCGGCGAUCUGAUCCACCGCGUCGCCUCCUCCUGCCUCUCCAACCGCUUCCCGGGCAACUACGCCCACCACGGCUCCGACCUCGACGACGACGACGACGACGACCCCUUCGCCGACUUCGGGGACGCCGCCACCCACGAGGAAUGCCCGCGCCCCGCGGUCCGCGCGGGCGCGGAGGAGGGCGACGACGAGGCCCGGAGGCUCAGGAUCUGGGAGGAGGGGGAGGAGCAGAAGAGGCGGACCAAGAAUGCCGCGGCCGCCGAGGAGGAGGCGGAGGGGGCCGAGCGGGCGGGCGACGCGGAGUCCCUCAUGGCGGAGGUGUUCGACGCCGUCUCCGGCGUGCGCCGCGCGUACGCGGCGCUCCAGGGCGCGCACUGCCCCUGGGACCCCGACCGGAUGCGCGCCGCCGACGCCGGCGUCGUCGCCGAGCUCCGCCACCUCGCGCGCCUCCGCGACCGCUUCCGCCGCGCCGCCGCCAGCCCGGGCGGCCGCAUCCCGCGCCCGAGCCCCUCCGCGCCGCCGCUCCGCGAGGCCGUCGCGCCCUACGAGGCCGCGCUCGACGACCUCCGCCGCCAGCUCCAGGGCAAGCAGGCCGAGGUGGACGGCCUCAAGGAGAAGCUCGCCACCGCAACAAACCGCCGCAACGCGCGCCUCCACCCCUCCAAGAAGCACCACCACACCCUCGCGGCCGCCCCCGCCGCGGAGGUCGGCGCGGCGACGGCGGAGCUGUUCGUCGCCUGCGCGGAGCAGGCCCGCGCGGCGACGCGUGCGUUCGCGGCGCACCUGCUCCACCUCCUCCGCGCGGCGGGGCUGGACCCGGCGGCGGCCACCCGGUCCGUCACCAAGAUCCCGGUCUCCUCCCCGCAGCUCGCCAAGCACGCGCUGGAGGCGCACGCGACGGCCGUCCUGCUCGGCGGCUUCGAGCACGAGUCCUUCUACCUGGACGGCUCCCUCUCCUCCCUCCUCGACCCGGCGGCGUUCCGGCGGGAGCGGUACGCGCAGUUCCGCGACAUGCGCGGCAUGGACCCCGGCGAGCUCCUGGGCGUGCUCCCGACGUGCGCCUUCGGGCGGUACGCCGCCAGCAAGUUCGCGUCCCUGCUCCCGCCGCGCGUGGAGGAGGCCGUCCUUGGUUCCGACGAGCACAAGAAGGCCGUGGGCGCGGGCGCGCACCCGCGCACGCCGUUCUACGGGGAGUUCCUGCGGGCGGCCAAGGCGGUGUGGCUGCUGCACCUGCUGGCGUUCGCGCUGGAGCCGCCGCCCAGCCACUUCGAGGCCGGGCGCGGCGCCGAGUUCCACCCGGAGUACAUGGAGAGCGUGGCCGAGCCCGCGCCGCGCGGCGCCGGCAUGGUGGUCGGGUUCGCGGUGGCGCCGGGGUUCAAGCUGUGCAACGCCGCGGUGGUGCGCGCCCGGGUGUACCUCGUGCCCCGCGGCGGCAGCCGACAGUGACGCCCACCGUGGCUGACGGGCGGGAUCACGGAUGCGAUCAGCCUGAGCCACGGGCCACCACCCUCCCCUGCUCGUUGGUGCAGCUACCGGGGCUGCACUCGACUCCCUGCCAUACUUAGUUCUCCUCUCCCCUGUACUUGGUCCUUGCUAAAUCUAAGCCAGUUGCCUCUUCUCUCAAGAAAGUUGAUGCCCCCCAAGAGGCUGUAAAACCAUACGUACGUAUUGUGAAGUGAAGUGCUCCAACGAACAGUACAA